CUGAUAGUUCUGGUUUCUUACUCCAAACCAACUUGGUUCACUCAAUUGGGCAUUGCGUUGUGCUGGUGAUGGCGACGUUGCUGAGAAAACUGUGCGAAUCGGCGUCGCUGAAGCGAUCCGGGUCCAAUUCGAACCAGAACCCAUCCUCGGAACGCGCGCCUACCUCUUUGGGCGCCUUCGACCCUCUCCCUCCCGACAUACUCAUCAAAAUCGUGCGACUCUUGGGCCCCAAACACGCCGCUAAACUCAGCCUCGUUUCCAAGUCAUGGCAGUCCCUCGUCUCCGACAACGCCCUCUGGGCCCACUUCCUGCAAGCCCACCACCCCCACUCCGCCCUCUUCGCCGAAUCCGCUUUGAGCUCUGGCUACCCUCUUCCUGAGGCUGACCAGAACGUGCCACGUGUCCCGUUCCAGCAUGUUUAUGCCCUACGUGAACGCCUCCCUCCUUCCGUUGUCAUCGACGGGGGUUCUGGCUAUUGCAAAUUCGGUUGGACCAAAGAAGCGUCUCCCUCGGGUCGAUUCGCAACUUUUUUGGAAUUCGGUAACGUUGAAACGCCUAUGUAUUCUAGACUUCGGCAUUUUUUCGCGACUAUCUAUAACAGGAUGCAGGUGAAACCAAGUUCUCAACCAGUUGUUGUUUCUAUACCAAUAUGCCACUAUGAUGAUACUGAAUCAGCCAAAGCAUCAAGACAACAACUUAAAGAAGCAAUCUAUGCAUCCCUUUUUGACAUGAAUGUACCUGCUGUUUGUGCUCUCAAUCAGGGGACUUUAGCUCUGUAUGCUGCAAAACAAACUUCCGGGAUAGCUGUUAAUAUAGGUUUUCAAGUAACAUCUAUAGUUCCAAUUUUAAAUGGUAAAGUGAUGCGAAAGGUGGGUGUGGAGGUUGUGGGUCUGGGAGCACUAAAACUUACCGGAUUUCUUAGAGAACAGAUGCAACAAAACAACAUAAGUUUUGAAUCUUUGUACACUGUUCGCACCCUGAAAGAGAAGCUAUGUUAUGUUGCUGUUGACUAUGAAGCUGAACUACUGAAAGAUACACGAGCAUCUUUUGAAGCUGUAGAAGGGUUGUUUACACUCUCAAAGGAACGGUUUCUAACUGGAGAGAUGUUAUUCCAGCCAAGUCUUGCUGGGGUGCGAGCAAUGGGUUUGCAUCAGGCCAUCGCACUUUGUAUGGAUCAUUGCUAUACUGCAGAAUUAGCUGGCAACAAUAAUUGGUUUAAGACUGUUGUCUUAUCAGGAGGAACUGCAUGUUUACCUGGUUUAGCAGAAAGGUUAGAAAAGGAACUUCAUUCGUUGCUUCCUCCUUAUAUGUCCAAUGGAAUUAGAGUCAUACCUCCUCCAUUCGGUGUGGAUACUGCAUGGUUUGGUGGAAAGAUUAUUGGCAGUUUGAGCACCUUUCCUGGCCCGUGGUGUACCACAAAAAAGCAAUUCCGUCAGAAGUCUAAACUUAAUCGCAUUUGGUGAUUACUUUGAUAUGAACUUUCUUUUCUCCAUGAAGUAAAUUAUAUAACAGCUACUGUUUCAUAAUUUCUAACGCGUGGCAGCAACACUAAAGAAUUGAACUUAGUUUUACUUGUAAUUUUAGUAACAAUCCCUGUAUACAUAACUAGUGAUAAGAAGCCUUUAUAAGCAUCAAGUUUGUUUAGAUACCAUGUGAAGAAAUUGCUAAUGCAGUUUAUGGUUCAAUUCACAUGCUGAGGGAUUUUAUUUAUGAGAAAUACUACGGAGUUUGGAAUACAUUCUGAGGUAUUCGGUCAUUUGAAUGCAAUGUACAUAUAUUCUGUUACACUCUAAACACAUUGUGUCAAUUAUUGACUUGCCAAAGAACAAGGUUUCAAACAUCAUUCCUUUGAAACUGGUUUAAUUUUUUUUCCAUAGC